GCGUGGCCACGAGGCCGCGUCCGACCACUCACGCUCAGUGCGGCCAGCUCCGUCCGAGCAGCAGGAGGUGUGGUCUAGCGUCGCGAGUGAAGCAUCGGGCCGUGCGCGCGGGCAUGAUGACGGAGGUGUCGGUGAACGUGGGGCCGCAGAACGCCGGGGCUUCCCCCCCGUCGGCGCACCACCACCCCACCGUGAAGACGGACCCGGGACAGGGCCAGGCCACCAUCAAGGUCAACGUGGGGUACUUCAAGACGGUCCCCGGGAUCAUCAAGCUGGUGCAGCUGCUGUUCGGGAUCAUCUGCAUGGCCUGCGCGUCGCCGGCCAUCCUGGGCGGCACGCACUGGUUCCUCUUCGUGGCGGUCACCAGCUUCAUCGCCACCCUGGUGUGGGUGUUCGUGUACCUGCUGGGCAUCCGGGAGGCCCUCAAGAUACCCAUCAACUGGAUACUCACGGAGCUCCUUAACACGUGCAUCAUCACUGUGAUGUACCUCAUAGCAUUCAUUGUACAGCUGUCGGUGUGGGCUCCGUACAGCCCCUUCAGAUACAGCUUCUACGGCCAGAACAUAGCAGCUGGGGCAUUUGGCAUCUUCAACUGUCUGGCCUAUGCAGCCGGGGCUUACUUCUUGUUCGUGGAGUGGAAGACAACGAGGACCAUGUAACCACGCUCCCAGCGCUGCUACCACACACCUCUAGGAUGUGGGUUGGCCACACUGGCAGAGCACGAUCACGCUCACGUUACUAGUCCCAUCGUCCGUCUCACCGCGUCGCCACGAGCCGGCUCGGUACGGACUACCGACCUUCUCGGGCCGGCACCGCAGAGACUCUGUGCUACAUGUGCUUGGCUGCAUCCACUGAGAGUUCAACAAAUAUAUAUAUAUUUUUUUAAAUUAUUUAAUGCCAGUAAAAGUUAGUAUAAUUGUAAGCAAGGAUAUGCAGAGUUUAACCAUGGAUGUGCAACGACAAGCGGCAGUGGUUAUUUUCAGUGAUUGUAAAAGGCAGAAGAGUUAGUCUGACCUCUGCAGUGUGGGGUUGAAAUUGGAUAUGUGACAUUCACAUUCAGCAAAUAAAUAUACAUGUAAUUAAGUUCUAGAUGAUAUGUUGUUAUUGAAUAAUGUAGGGUAAAAAUUAGUUUAACAACCUUGAGAUACUCUUACAUGACUUGUACUAUUUGACUAUUUUGUUUGUAUGUAUUUGUUUCACCCAGUGUGUUCAGUAUUUUGCAAUUUUUGUUUUGUUUUUAAUAUUGUAUUGAAAUAUGUAAAUUCAUAAAAGUGUCUAAAAACAAAUACUGUACACCUACAACUAUUUAUCUAAUGUUAUGGUAUGCACAGUUCAAUCCCAAAUGAAGUGUAGAAUGUAUCUUUUAUUAUAACACUGCUUCACACUUGUUAAUGAUAUUUAAUUUACAUAAAUAAAUCUAAUAUUGGGUCACAAAACCUGAGAAAUCCAAA